AUGCUGCUUGUUUAUUUGCUAUAUCAAAAGCUCCUACCGAGGCCAAUCCCUGGGAUUCCAUACAAUAAAGAGGCUGCGAAGAAUCUGCUUGGAGAUAUCCCUAGCCUUUCAAAGGCCGUCGCCAGAGAUAGAGCCGCUAAUAAUUGGAUGUUGUCUCAAAUUCACAUCCACAACUCACCAAUAGUUCAAAUCUUCCCUCGGCCGUUCUCACGCCCAUGGAUCAUCCUCGCCGAUUUCCGCGAAACGCAGGAUAUUUGUUUGCGUCGAACAAAGGAGUUUGAUCGAGCCCCUUUUUGGAAAGACAUUUUCGCUGGUGCCGUUCCGGAUGGUCACGUACACUUCCUUUCAGAUGCAAAGUGGAAAGCUCAUCGACGUCUCCUUCAAGACUUGAUGCUGCCUGCUUUCCUCGACAAAGUCGCCGGCCCUGCUAUCUAUACGAAAGCGGAGGUCUUCAUCAAGUUAUGGAGUCGAAAGGCUGAUUUGGCGAAUGAACGACCUUUUAAAAUAGAAAAUGACUUGUUCUACACGGCCUUAGAUGCGGUAAUCGCAUUUACUUUCGGCAAGGACUUUCUACAAAGUGCCAUUCGCCCUCAGCUAGUGGUACUAGAGAAUUUCAUUAGCGGGGCGUAUCACGCACUAGACGAGAAGACACCAAUUGGAUUCCCCGAUGUCCUAAUUGAUAACGAUCUCCAAUCUAUACUGACAAUAACUGCCGCUGGAGAAGUUCAGGCGUCAAGUCCAAUACCGCGCUUGACAUGGAGGUUUCGAGAACGAUUCGACCAAUCGCUUCGGAGUGCUGUCAAUACUAGAAGAAAGUUCUUUUUACGACAGAUUGAGCAAGCGGUUGACCGACUUACAGCCAAAUCAGAUGCCAGCACGUCUGUACGAUCAGCGAUCGACCUUAUGAUUCAAAGGGAAUUGAUAGCUGCUGAGAAAGGAGCAAGAAAACCAGACUACUUCUCGAAUACCAUGUUAGAUGAAAUCUUUGUCCUUGUUGUUGGUGGCCACGACACCACUAGUAGCACCCUGCUCUGGGGCGUCAAGAUGCUGGCGGAUAACCCUACCGCGCAAGAAACUCUUCGUCAAGCCCUCCAAACUGCGCAUGGCACGGCACUCUCCGAAAAGAGAAGUCCUACGUUCAAAGAAAUCGUUUCCAAUACCAGAAUUCCAUAUCUGGACGCCGUCAUAGAAGAAAUUGCUCGUUGCUGUGGGACUACCUCAGCCAUACAACGCGUGGCUGUUGUUGAUACAAAGCUCCUUGGCCACUUCAUUCCAAAAGGUACUCAGAUAAACAUGUUAGGGAUGGGACCGAGUAUGUGCCAGCCAGCAUUCAAAAUAGAUGAGAAUCUGCGCAGCCCUUCAUCGCAGAAGGCCGCUGCUGUUGGGUAUGGCCGCGCCUGGGAUGAGACUACUGACAUGGCAGCCUUCGUACCUGAACGCUGGCUACACCCUGUUGAGGGUGAUGACGGAGGCGUGGCUUUUAACCCGCUUUCUGGGCCCCUUCUCACAUUUGGCUUAGGCACUCGAGGGUGUUAUGGGCGCAAACUGGCAUAUUUGGAGAUGCGCCUUUUCGUAACUCUCAUAAUCUGGAACUUUGAAUUGUUGCAAUGCCCUGAGGAACUAUCGAGCUACAAAGGAGUUGAAGGCGUUACUUACAAGCCGCAACAGGCUUAUGUUAGGUUGCGAAAAGUAUGGGACACAGAAUAA